GUUUCACAUCAUAUCAAUCAAAGACAUACAACUCCAACAUCAACUUCUACCCAACAACAAGUGAACCAGUCAAUUGGACAGAGAACAGAGCUUUUCAUCAUAGAAAAUGGCUCCUCUCGUUCCUCGGUUCCAUCUCUUUGAGAUUGACGAUCAAACUUGGUUUCCCGCCUUUCUUCGUGCUCGCGUCCAAGAUGGCCUUACACGCGCCUGGCUCUCCAACACGCCUCUCCAAUCCCAAUCUCCCGCGAGUCUCAGCGCCCAAGUCUUGAUCAAGCAGCUCAACACGUCUCUACCCGAUUAUACUUAUAUCGAUUUCUGUGCUGGCGGUGGUGGACCCACGCCCUCGAUAGCUCGUACCGUCAACGCGCACCUUCAGUCUCAAGGAUCGGACCCUGUUCGCUUUAUCCUUACAGACUUGCACCCAAAUGUCGAGGCAUGGGAACAAGUUGCACAGAAGAAUCCGCUGUUGACGUACGAGCGCAACUCUGUCGAUGCGGCGUCUGCUCCGGGAUAUCUUGUCAAGAGGGAAGAUGGAACGAAGCCUUUCAGACUAUUCAACCUGGCGUUUCAUCACUUUGACGACGACUUGGCCAAGGAUAUUCUGCGAGAUACUGUCGAGACGAGCGAGGGUCUUGCUAUCUUUGAGCUACAGGAUCGUUCCUUUGCGAGCGUGUUGGCGGUUACCUUCUUGGGCAUUGGCGCAUUCUUCAGUGCUCCGUUCUUCGCGCUCAAGUGGCGAUCACCUGCAACACUUAUCUUCUCGUGCUUGAUCCCUAUUCUACCGUUCGUUCUCAUGUUUGAUGGAUAUAUCUCAGCGCUGCGAACAAGAACACCCGAAGAAGUUGAGGCUUUGUUGCGGUCUUGUGGUGCAGACACGAGCAAAUGGGAGGUCAGGAGUGGUAGUGAGAUGCACCUCUGGCCGUGCGGAUAUGUCAAUUGGGUCAUCUGUAGACCUGUUCGUAAAGGCUGAUAUUACAUAGUAUAACAUCGGUAAUGUACAAGAAAUUUGCGACACGGCUAUAUCUGUGGUUGCUUCAUCGAAACCACCAAUUGACCGAGCAGUUCACUUCUCCAUCCCAUCCCACGCUCUUAACAGAAUGCCAAUAAUGUGCAGGGAUAAACAUGGAGUCGCCAGGCUCUAGCACAACCUCGAAAAGCCCUACUGGUGUUUUAUCGUCGCCCCAAACAGCAUCAUGCAGCAUUUCCCGCUCCUCGCCCUGCAUCAUAUCCUCCGUUCGUAACCGACCAUUGUCUGUCUUUUCCAUUUUAGCUUGUAUUUCGCCGAAGAGUGCGUCUCCCGACUUUGGUAGCAUGAGCCUGAGGACCUUGUUCCCGGACAGCUGGCAGAAGAAGUUGGGGUUUGGAUCUCGGUGUAGAGGUGUAUACGUCGGCACUAGGCCGAGCCAUAUGCUAGAGUCGUAUAUGUCUCCCUUUCCAACAAACUUGAUGAUUUCUGGAGUGGGAAGGUCGUCCUGGAGGGUCUUGGGGAGAUCCCCUAUGGAGCACUGAGCAAUGUAGACUGAUAUUCUCGGAAGCCCCAUGCUCAGCAAGACUUUAUUGAAGUGGUAUAUCUUAUUGAAAAGACGGAGAGGUGCAGUGAAUCGAUAGAAAUCCCUGUUGGCUAUAUUGUUGACUGUUUCGUCGAGGACACCGUCAACCAUAGCCUCCUGGUUGAAACAGUUGUCCCAACUCCUCGCAAUGGCAUCAUCGUGGAUAUCUCUGUCAAGAGAAUCUCGAAACAUUACAAGGCUGUCCUUCUGCUUCUGAGAUGGAGCGUAUAUCUCAUAAGUGACCAUGGGAUUGCGAAAGCGGCGGAAGUGCCACGACAAAGGCUGCCGUGGAGUUGUUGUGUGCGUUGUGUAGUAUGGGUCUUCCUCGUCUAUAAACCAGUUCUCCAACGCAGGCAGAUUGGCAGCCGGCGAACCCUGGUCUUUACCAAAGACGACUGGCUUCUCGAGUUCAAAUGAUCGUGAGCGAAAUGCUUCAGUGGUGGUGUAUUCCUCAGCUACUGCUACCAGUCUCGGUAUUCCCUUUCUUGGUGAUAUUGUCUCACUGAAACAGCGGCAUAGAGGAACCGUCUUUGGUAUGUGCCGACUCCAUGGUGAGAAGGUAGAUAGAACUUUGCUCAUGAUUUCUCUAUUUUCGAUGAGAAGAGGUUUUAAUAUAACGAGUAAUGAGAAGAGCUGGUCAUGAUAUCUCUUGUAGUUCCAUUUGAGAAUAGAUCGACGUUAUGUCCUGCAUUCAUCUAAUGCAU